UUGACAUACCUAUUUAAACAAAUUCAUAUUCUACUACUUCGAUUUAGUUAAAUACAUUAAUUUAAUUUUGAUACAACAUUCACUGCGACCAAGUGUGUUCAGCAUAAUGGCAUUUUCAAACUCCCUAUGUAAAGGGCAAAUUCCUAUAUCUUGUCAGUUGUGUGAAGAAUCAAACGAGAUCAAAUGGAAAUGUAUACAGUGUGACUUUCUUUUGUGUACAAAAUGUCAGAGACUUCAUAACAAAGUAAAAUAUACUAACCAACAUACUAUUAUUGAAAUCAAAGACAUUGCUUCACAACAACAACAAGCCAAGGAUAACCCAGAUUUCAGUAACAUUCCUUGUGAAAUCCAUAGAGAAAAUAAAUCCCACAAGAUAAAAAACGAUCUAGAAUUCCAAAAAGGAAGUUUAACAAAAGCCGAAGCUUCUGUCAAUGUUUGUGAUGCUUUCAGUGCAUUAAAAGAGGAAAAAACAGCAAGAAAACAAAGUACAGAACCAGUUAAUACUUAUGUUAAAAAACUGCCCCAGUAUAUACCAGGAAAAAUGAAGACCAAAGAGGCACUACACGGAGAACUAACUGAGUCUGAUGAUGAUCAUGCACAGGAACAAUAUGAAGCUAAAGUUAUAGAACAGUAUAAAACUGGACUAAAACUUGUUGAACAGUUGAUUUGCAGUGAUGAUGGAACAUUGUGGAUAGGUUAUAUUGCAGGAAAAAUCCUACAGAAAAUACAACUAUCAAAUGGAUUGUUAAAUAUUGAGCAAGAAGUACAGGUAAAUUGUGCUGGUAUGGCAUUCUUACCAUCAGGAGACUUGCUUAUAUCUACUGCAGAAUCAAAUCUUAAAACACUUUGCCAUACAACAGGAAGUAAAAUACAAUCUAAAAAUAAUGUAGCACCCUUAAUUAGUGGUGCUGUCCAUGUAACUCAGAAUCAUAAGAUUAUAGUUGGAGCCAGAAAGGGAGGACCUGUCUUCCAAGUCGAUGGUCCAAGGCAAGUGGUUGUGAUGGAUAUAGAUGGAAAAACAGAGCAGGUUUAUGAUCUGGACAAUAAUGGAAAACCUAUCUUUUCUGCUCCACAAAGAAUAACAUCAGACAAUAACAAUAACAUUUAUGUCCUAGAUUGUCUCAAUAAAGACUGGAGUGGUAGGAUAAUGGCAUUAGAUAAAACCAAUGGAGUGAGAUGGAUAUACAGUGGUCAUCCAGAUAUCAACAAAGAACAAACUAUCAAAUCUAAAGAUUUAGUGGCUACAAAAUUAAACAAUAUUAUAGUUACAGAUAGUAAUCAUCAAAUGAUUCAUAUUCUCAACACUUCAGGACAGUGCAUUCAUUACAUUAAUACUAAGGAUCAAUUAAAUAUCCAUCUUCCAUACUCUUUAAACAUUGACAAUACAGGUACACUGUAUAUAGGUUGUAGUAGAUACAUAAAUGAACCUGCUAUAGCCAAAAUAUAUAUGGUUGAGGUUUCAGGAUUCUAAACUACUGAUUUUAUUCAUUCACCUAUCUGUUUUAAAAUGUUUUAAAAUAUGUUAUGGUUCAACAAUUUAAAUAAAAUAGCUUUGACUAUUCGUACAAACAAUUUUAUAUUUUUGUUGACAAAUCACCAUAACAAGAAACAUGAUAAUUAAUUUAUAAUGUCUCUUUUUCUUUUUUUGUUGAAAUAGAAAAUAUACUGUAAUUAAUAAAAUGCUCCGCAUGG